AUGAUCCCCCUCGUGUACUUCGUUCUGCCCACCCUGGGCAGCUAUGUAAUUCUCUCCAUCUUCUUCCUGCGCCGACCUCACCUGCUGCACACACCCUGGGCUCCAGGGUUCUCCAUCCGCCUGGCUGCACACCGUGGAGGGUCUGGGGAGCGGCUGGAGAACACCAUGGAGGCAAUAGAGAAUUCCAUGGCCCAGAGAGCAGAUCUCUUGGAAUUUGACUGCCAGCUCACCCGAGAUGGCGUGGUGGUAGUGUCACACGACAAAAACCUGUCCCGCCAGUCAGGCCUAAAUAAGGAUAUAAACACCCUGGACUUUGCGCAACUGCCCCUCUACAAGGAAGAACUGGAGAUUUACUUCUCGCCAGGCCAUUUUGCUCACGGGUCAGACCGGCACAUGAUUAGUUUGGAGGAUGUAUUCCAGAAAUUUCCAAGGACUCCCAUGUGCUUGGAGAUCAAAGAAAAAAAUGAAGAACUCAUUCACAAGGUAGCCAACAUGGCGAGGCGCUUUAACCGAAACGAGAUUACUAUUUGGACUUCAGAGAAGAACUCAAUCAUGAAGAGAUGCAAGGCUGCCAACCCUGAGAUGCCCACGGCCUUCACAAUAUGGCGAUCAUUCUGGAUACUGCUGCUCUACUACCUGGGGCUACUGCCUUUUGUCUCCAUCCCUGAGAAGUUUUUCUUCUGUUUCCUGCCCACCAUCAUCAACAGGACUUACUUUCCAUUUUCCUGUGGAUGGAUGAACAAACUGUCGGCUACAGUUACAAAAUGGGCCAUCAUGAGGAAAAGUCUGAUCCAAUACUUGCAGGACCGAGGGGUACAGGUGCUAUUUUGGUGCCUUAAUGAAGAAUCAGAUUUUGAAGUGGCCUUCAGCUUGGGAGCCAAUGGCGUCAUGACUGAUUACCCCACAGCCCUAAGACACUACCUGGACAAGCAGGAACAAAGAGACUCAGCCUCCUCAGUCUGAGGCCCUGUCCUGUCUUUCUCUUAAGGAAAAAUAAAUAAAUAUUUUCUUGUCAGUAA